CUUAAACAGGAACCAGCCUGUUACAAAAUGGCUUUAAAUUUUUUCUAAUAAAUAUGACAGCAGAUCUUUAUUUUUUAAAAGCCGUCCAUUUGGCUGUCACGCUCAAGCUGAGUAUGUGAGAGCUUCCCAUUCACACUGUGCUGCAAUUUUGUAGACACAGCAACCCCAAUUUCCAUAUUUAUCUCUGCGGUGUGGAUAUACUGGCAGAAUAAGUUAGCAUUUUGCAGUGUCUGUAUUAAAAAAAGUGAGAGCAAUCUUGAGAUGCUUUUCAGUAUGAAUUAAACAUGAACAAAACUUUACUGUGCAGGUGAAUGCUGUAAUGCUAUGGGGCUGCUACGGUGGGCCAGAAGUGCAAAACACUUUAACAAAACAAAAAGGCAACAGCAAAUCAGAAAAAAAAGCAACAACGAAACCAAAAACAAACAACAAAUCAGAAAAAAAGCAAUAACAAAGCCAAAAACAAACAGCAAAUCAGAAAAAAAGCAACAACGAAACCAAAAACAAACAGAAAUUCAGAAAAAAAGCAACAACAAAACCGAAAACAAACAGCAAAUCAGAAGACACAAAAUGAAAACCAAUAACACCACAAAAAAAAACAAAAAAAACACACACAUCAAUAUUAGUUCAAAACAGAAAGGGUAGGUCCUUACUGAACUCUGCAUGCUUGUCACUAAUUGAACACAGUGUAUGACUAUCACACGGAAAAAGAAUUUCAAUUUCUCAGUUACUGUGGCAAAAAUGAUUUCAUGUGAAGUUAUUAUAGUGACAUUAUCAUAGUGAUGAGUAAUUCUUUCUUCUGAAUAACCUGUCUACCUUCAGCAUUCACAGUACUGUGCAAAAGUCUUAAGCACCCUGUAUUUUUAGUACAAACUUUGUUAUUGAUUUUUAUUUUAUGACUUCUACAUUAUUGAUUCUGUACAAAAACAUUUUAGAUUCCAAACAUUAGUUUUCCAGCACAAAAUUAAAUGUUACAGAAUACUUACAGCUCACUUCCUUAUAAAACUGCACAAAUUGUACCUGAGACUAGUAUUUUUUUUUAAAGCGAAGGAUCGUCACACCAAAUAUUGACUUUGUUUCGUUUAUUACUGUUUACUGCUCUUUAUAGUAUUUUUUUAAAUGUAGAAACAUUUAAUUUCAUUAUUUUUGAAGACGUCUUUGCUCUACAGCAUUUCUUUGCAUGUGCCUAAGACUUUUGCACAGUACUGUAUAUAUUCAUAUUUAUGCUGUGGAUCAGCAAUGACCAUGUGAUGCUUAGUAAGGACCUCCCCUUUCUAAGGACCUCCCCUUUCUAAGGACCUCCCCUUUCUAAGGACAUCCCUUUCCAUUUUGAGUCAAUUUUGCUGCGUUUCCGACUUUGCUGUUGUGUUUUUGGUUUGUUAAUAGGUUUUGCACUUACACGCCACCAUAAAUUAAGUACUGAAUUAACUCUUACAGUACUGAAUUAUUACCUGGAGUACUGAAUUAACUCUUACAGAUCUGAAUUAACACCUACAGAGCUAAACUAACUUUUAGAGUACACAGAUUAAGACCUGGAGUGCUGAAUUAACAUCAAAUGUUUUGACUUAACUUUUAGAGUACUGAAUUAACACCUGCACCCAAUGAACUCUUAUAGUUCUGAAUGAACACUUAUGGUAGUGAACAAACUUUUAAAGUUCUGAAUGAACUCUUACAGUGCUGAAAUAAUAUGAAACAACAUGAACAUUGUCAGACUUAAUGUUAACGCAGAGCUGGAUCUAAUUUGAUCGAUCAGCAACACUGGCAACCCCUCAAACUCAUUUUAUUGGAAAAACACCAAUCUGGCAACUCGAGCAAACGCGCUGUUAUAAACGGCGGCGCUCCGGAGCGCGCGAGACACGGAGGCGCGGAACCUGAGACACAGGUGGACAAAACCAUAACUUCAGUCAGGCUUGGACAAAAAACCUGAACAACACCGGGACAUUUUUACCAAACACACAUUCUAGUUUUUUUCUCUGGAGGACUGAGAAAUAAUACUGGACUUUUCAUCCAGAACCUUUUUUGGUGCCAUAUAAUUUCCUGAAAGAUCUUUUACAACAACCUUUAAUCAGACCAUGAAAUCAGCCCCGUAUUCUCCUGAAGCAGCAGCAGCUUUUGCCGCAGCAAAUACUCUCAUAAUUAUCUUCACCAUCGUGGGAAACAUACUAGUCAUCAUCGCUGUACUGACAAGUCGCUCUCUGAGGGGGCCGCAGAAUCUCUUCCUGGUCUCGUUGGCUGUGGCGGACAUCCUGGUGGCCACGUUGAUUAUCCCUUUCUCGCUGGCCAAUGAGCUGAUGGGCUACUGGUACUUCCACUUAGUCUGGUGCGAGAUCUACCUGGCACUGGAUGUGCUCUUCUGCACAUCCUCCAUAAUCCACCUGUGCGCCAUCAGCUUGGAUCGCUACAUGUCUGUAUCACGACCCUUGAUGUACAGGGCCCAGAGGACACGUUGCAGCAUCAAAUGCGCAAUCCUAGUCGUUUGGCUCAUCUCGGCUGUCAUCUCUUUCCCACCGCUGCUUUCCAUGAACAAGAACCAGGGGAACUCAAGUUCCUCCAUGGGACCCCAGUGCCAGCUCAAUGACGAGCGCUGGUAUAUUCUCUACUCCACCAUCGGAUCCUUCUUCGCCCCCUGCCUCAUCAUGAUCCUCGUCUACAUGCGCAUUUAUCAGAUCGCCAAACAGCGCACAAGAUGCCCACCAGGAGAGCCGAGGAAAGAGAUCCCCACCAGCGCCACAACCCUAAAUGUAAGAGGAGAUGACAUAAAUGUGCCAUGUACACCUCAGCCAAAUCUGACCACUCCAAGACCACCCAUUUUCACUGUGCCUCAAGCCGAGGGAAAAAAACAUUCAGCAAGCACCAACACCCUGCAUCCACCCCUUUCUCCCUCCAGAGAGAUGACUCCUGGCACUCCUCCUCCUCCUCCAGUCCAAUCUCCUUCCCUUUCACCUUCCAGCUCUUCCAUGCAGAAGCAAGAUGCAGCCCCCAACAAACCCAAACAGGCCAAGAAGGAGAAAAGGAGCAAAAAGAAACCUGACAACAACAACGAUGAGAGUUCAAGCUCUGAUUCAGACACGGACUACGGAGGGGUGGGUGUUGAGAUUCCUGUGACUCCAAGUGCUGAUCUUUAUACCAGUAACCACUCACCAGCCACCGUCCAGAAGUACAUUAUCACUGCAGACAACUUGGCUUGCCGCAAGGCCAUGGUGAACCGGGAGAAACGCUUCACCUUUGUGCUGGCAGUGGUGAUCGGCGUGUUUGUCUUCUGCUGGUUCCCUUUCUUCUUUUCCUACAGCCUGCAGGCCGUGUGUCCAGAAACGUGCAAGCUUCCCAAGCCAGUCUUCACGUUCUUCUUCUGGAUCGGCUACUGCAAUAGCUGCCUCAACCCUGUCAUCUACACCAUUUUCAACAAGGACUUCCGCAGAGCCUUCAAGAGGAUUCUCUGCAAAAAUACCAAGGGUACAUUCUUUUAACGAGCAUCUGGAAAAAAAACAAUUUAAAAUAGAGAAAAAGCACAACUUCUUUGUAAGAGUGUAAAUAAGAGGUUCUUUGUAUAGCUGCGCAAUGAUAAAGCACAUUAUACUGUUUUUGAUAAAAGUUGGUCGACACAGAGUCAGACUGUGAAUUCAUAUGGACUCUUGCAGGUUUACAAUAUUCCAUUGCUCAUGCCACAAAUGCACAAUGGAGAGCAGAGGGUGAACAUGAUUUGAUCAAGACAAAAAAAUAAUAGGACUGUGCACCUGUGACGAUCACAAAGGACAGUGGGAGCACAGCGCAAUAGUGUUUCCCUUCUUCGCCUUUCCAAGAAUACCUGCCCUCAGGGAUAGUAUGUGCAUGAGUUUCAAUCCAACCCGUCCUAUUUGAUACUUGAUGUGUGUGACCGACUCAUAAGCGAAUGUGAACAUGUGCUCUGGGUGAAUGCGUGUGUGAUGUGCAGGGAGCUUUGUAUUUGUGCCGUAUGAAGAAUUGUCAUUUCUCAUCUUUUCCAUUAGCACUUAAUAGAAAAUAUGUGUUUUGAUUUAAAAAAAAAAAAAAGGUUCAGCCAUGCCUUAGGCCCUGCCUCCUGCUGUUUUUAAAUCGAAGUUACAUAAUUUGAUAUUACGAAGUUGAUAUAAGUAUUGUAUUUACCAAGAAUUUAGACUCAAGUGUAGAGAUGUGCAUUGGGACUGUGAUCCUGCAGGAUGCAACAAAAAAAUCUUGAGAGCAGGCGAUUUUUACUCUCAUGCUCAUACUCUUCAUGUACAUGGGAGCAUAUUUAGUACUCGUUUACAGCAUUCCUUUAUUCAUCCUUAGAAAAUUCUUUUCCUGUUGCCAUCAAAAUGACUAAUUUGUUAUUAUUGGGAACCAACCAACCACUGGGUAGCAUUGCUGCCUCACAGCUCCAGGGUUCCUGGUUCGAUCCUCAGCUUGGAUUACUGUCGAUAUGGAGUUUCACAUGUUCCCCAGUUCCUCCAGGUUCCUCCCAAAAACAUACCAGUAGGCAGAUUGGAUAUGUGAACAUUUGUGCCAUGUGAUGGAGUGGCGUCCCAUCCAGGGUGUAUUCCCACCUCAGUGCCAGUGUUGCUGGGACCCUGACCAAGAUAAAGUGCUUACUCUCUGGGAGCAGAUGGGAAGUGGAUUUAAAAACCGGUCCCACAUGAAUUUUUAGUCCAGUGCAAAACUAGCAAAACAAAAGUCAGCUCCCAAACGUAUCUUGACUAUAUUUGGGGUAACCAUACCAUUUCAAAUUUUUCACUUGCUUUAAGUAAUUUUUUACCAAACCAUUUCUUGAAACUCAAACAAAGAAAACAUCAGACAUCUAGUCGGUUGCUGGAAGAAGUGCAGGCACUGCGUUUUAUAUUCUGCUGAGUGCUCAGUGAUGGAGGACUAAACUCUGUUGAUGUGGGGUCCAAAUAUUUCACUGACCUUUCUGUUUUGAUUCUGAGCACUCUCGUGAAAAGGUACUAUGAUAAAACGAAUUGACAAUAAACGGGACAAAUGUGGCCUUUAUGUGCACUUUGCUUUUAUAAACAGAUCGCUGAGCCAGACAGCUCUGAACUUGAGCUGGGGUCGGCUGAAGAGAGAGGAAGAGAGGAAGAGAGGGAGGGCGAAUUUGGAUUCAGUAAUUACAUGAUGCAUUUGCGUUUAAUUAUUAAUGAGCACUUCACUCGAUGCCAGUAAACAGUUCCGUGUGAAUAUCUCGCCUAAUGUUUUUUUUUCUUUCCUCGCAGAUUUAGCCCCGUAAUUGCUAAGCUGUGACCUGCAGAGAAAGUGGAUCGGGGGCAUGUAUUUAUAAAUGUGGAAUCAUCGCUCUGUGGGGAUUUGAUGUCUUACUGAGCCUCAUCCCUCCGAGCUAGCUUAUGUAAUUUUUUAAUUCUUAAAGCUUUCCAGCUUCUGUAAUUCUCAGCUCUAAACACUUUCAUCGAGUCCUAGAGAAAAGUUGGCGAGUUGCGCGAAGGUGCCAAGGGUGUUACAAAGCGUGGUAAAUGAAAAAAAAAAAAAAUUUUCAGAGCACUCUCGUAGCUUCACUUUAAAGAAAGCUAAUUACAUCUCCUGUGUAAGUACGGGAGAUUAAAAAGGGCCCAAGACUCAAAGAAGAACAAGGUGAGGAAGUAGUGAUGGGAGAAAACGAGCGAGAACACACAAGUGCAAGAGCGUGUUAGAGCACAAAGAUAAGGAGUGAAAAGCAGUCCUUAAAUUAUACGCCUGCUCUCUCUCCAGUCCGUGACUGUGACCAUGAAGACUAUUAACAGGCGUCUUCACUGAUUAAUUCAUCAAGAAAUGUGGAAUUGGAUUGUGAUAUUUAUGAAUAAUGCACAGAAGAGGACUAAUUCAAUUAAUGAAGCUGUGCCGCAGUGAAAUGAAGGGAAUAGUAAAGGUAUAGUCAAAGCCACGCCCCCAAAACAACAUUUCUGAAUUGGCAACGUUCAGAGUCAGGGGUGUCACAGAGCCCAGAGUUUCUCCUCUGAGCUGAUAUCUUAUUGACUGCUUAUUGACAACAAAUCCAGCAAAAAGUGUUUUGCUUAAAAUCAUUAAGCACUUUUAACUGCCUUGUGAUUGACAUUUUUGCCAGUAGCACACAUGAGGAAAGGGGCAGUGCAAAAUAUAACAUCCUGUCAUUAUGAUAUUAUCUGACUGUUGAUUGAUUCUCAGCACAGCGGUGUUGCUGAUAUGAUUUUGUGUGUGUGUGUGUGUGUGUGUGUGGGGUGGUUCACUAUUUAUAUCACAUUUUCCUCUCACAGCACAUCCCUGUUUUAUUCUUUUAUUUUUAAUUAAACCUUUUUUAAUAUGUCAGUCUGCUGACGAAAAAUGUUGAUUGUAUGACUACCAUAUUUACAAUAAUCACUGUAAAAGCUGAAUAAA